ACUGAUGUCCUUGUUUCCUCGCCGGUGGUUCGUUCUGUUUAGAUUUUGGACACCGGAAUGGCCUUAAGUCUGUUGCGGCGCUCCGUUUUGACACCGAUUUUUGGUCCUCAAACCUGCCAAAGGUGCUUUAGUGCGCGUCUGUCUGAAAAUGUUAGUAGCGAAGGUGGCACGGGAGCAUCGACUAUAACGAAUGUCGAUUCUGAAAGACUUAUCAAAGUGGCUAUCGUAGGAAUGCCGAAUGCUGGAAAAAGUACUCUCAUUAACCGUUUAAUUGAUCAAAGAGUUUGCCCAGUUUCGACGAAGGUGCACACCACACGAAAGGCUGCCAAAGCGAUCCACAGUAAAUUAAACUCACAGGCGAUCCUGUUUGACACCCCGGGACUAGUGGGCAAUCGGGAAAUUAAAAAGCACCAGCUCGAUUCACAGUUUGUUUCAGCGUGUCGUCAUGCAAUCCAGCACUCGAGUUUGAUCGGAGUAGUGCAUGAUGUUUCUAGCUCAUGGACACGUAAUAUUCUUAAUCCGGUUCUGCUACGUAUACUGGAGGAGUAUGCUCAUAUACCAAGCUUUUUGAUACUGAACAAAAUCGAUACCUUGAAAUCGAAACGUAUCCUGUUGGAUAUUGUAAGGAAUCUAACGUGCAACCGACUCGAAAAUAUUCAAAAUUACAGCCUUCAAGUAAAUCAGCGAAAAGGGAAAAAUACGGAACUAGCAGCUAAACAAAAACUCGUGAAGUCUUCCGGAGAGAGCGCGAAACUUGAGGCGCCGCAAACUGUCGUAGAAGGCUGGCCGCAUUUCACGGAAAUAUUCAUGGUUUCUGCAAUGACCGGAGAUGGGUUGCGCGAGGUGAUGAACUUUAUUCAUUCAAAUUCGAAGCAACAACCAUGGGAACAUAUGUCGGAUGAAUACACGGAUCAACCUCCAGAACAGCUGAUUGUGCAGAGUGUUCGUGCACGGCUACUCGAUUUCAUGCCGCAGGAAAUUCCGUACCUACUGCAAACAGAGCUUGAAUAUUAUGAAGUUGUUGGUGGACGCAUUCUAACCAGUGCGGUUGUUACCUGUCCUAACGAACGGAUAGCCCGUUUGGUCUGCGGAGAGUCCAACGGCAAGCUGAGGCAGAUUAACGAACAGGUUACGUCAGACCUGAUUGAAACAUUUGGCCAGCCCGUUCUUCUGACAAUUACAACUCGCGUCCGUAGCAAAGAGUCGUAAAUACAUGUUUUAUGUUCCACAUGGGCACUUCGUUUGCGGUUAGUUGAAAAUGUAUAAAAUAAAUGGACUAAUAAAACUAUAUAAUAGUGGGUUUGAGAGCCAU